AUGGCCGCCGAUGAAGAAGACGAGGAUGUGAUAAGUCCUGUGGCAGCCAGUCUAACAGAGGGUGACUUGCGACUUGUCGAUGGAGGACGCGAUAACCAGGGGCGAAUCGAAAUCUACUUCAACGAUACCUGGUGGAGGCUUUGCAAGCAUCAUUUUAAUGAGCGCGCUUUCACAUCUGUGUGCCGAACGCUCGGUCUGCCAGAUCCGGAGUGGGAGUUCCGUGACUCUGAGUUUGGUAGGGGCAACUACUCGUACCUACCUAGAGACUUUGAAUGCGAUAGCGAAGACACACCACUACUGAAGUGCCGCGAUGAAGGGUAUCAUGAUCAUCACUGUAGCGAGGAAGCAACAGUGGGAGUUUCAUGUGGGGAACUUGUUCAUUUAGAGUGCGAUGGUGGCUCGAACAGAACAGACAUGUUUGGUACAUUACAUUUUAUGAAAGGUUCAAAGCCGCAGGAAAGGAGGUGUGAAUGGAUAAUUGGGAAUGAAGGUGACCCCAAGGGAGAUCAUAUCAUUAUUAACACUUAUGUAGAAAAAGGAGCAAAAUGUGGAACACAUGUUAACAUCAAGAGGUUUCCAGACGAUCACAUUCAUCAUUCUGAUGUCUGUCGGGAGAGGACUACCCAAAUAAUUGAAUUUGAGGCUUCGAAAGUGGUUGUGGAAAUAGAUCAACACCAUAUUGACGAUGUCUCUUUUGACGGAGCUUAUGUUUUUCUUCAAGGCAGUUAUGAAUCCGCUCAACACGUCAGUGGCUGGGAUGUAAGCGUUACGAAUAUCACAGAGGACAGUUUGCGAAUUGAGUGGACAGUGUUGACCUCUGAGAUCGAUCAGCCAGUAGAAGUCUAUGUUGUAAUCGAUUGUGACGUCAUCCAUUUCAUCCCUGUGGCUACAUGGGCUGAUUCCUUACCAUGA